AUGGCUAAGGAAAAAGAACUUGCUUAUCUACAAGUUGGUGGUGACAAAAACAAGGAGAAAUCAACAGAGACCAAUCCACCUUUAAAACCACAGUUUGAUGAGUUAUUGGGAAGGUAUCUCAAUAAUUUAACAAUCAAGUAUGAUUACACUAUUCCCUUUAUUGAUAAGUUGCUUGAUACACUACACGAAGCUACAUACUUCUCCAAAAUAGACCUGAGGUGGAAGGAUCAUCUUAUUCAUCUAAAGACUGUUCUAGAUCUAAUGAGGAAGCAUAAACUCUUUGCCAAAAAGAGUAAGUGUCAGUUCAGACAGCAAGAGAUUGAAUACCUCAGGCAUAUAAUCUCUCAAGAACAAGUAUCCACAGAUCCUCAGAAGGCUGACAAUAUGCUCGAUUGGCCAGUCCCAAUUACUAUCAAACAGUUAAGAGGAUUUUUGGGACUCACAGGAAAUAGCUUGGUAGAAUGGUUGGAGCAAGUAACUCAGUUGAAGCCGGGCUGGGAGAGCUUAGGUGUACUCGGUCAAGUCGGACUUGAACUUAAGAUAUCGAGAGCUACGUGGUGCGAAGGUUCAUGGGAACACGGGCAGCUUGGUCGACGUGAUCUUUGUUGA